CAUAUUGUCUUGCGGAAUCUUACUAAUCUUACUUAACAACACUGACCUACAUCAUCUAGGUACCUAGGUACAUGUAAGACGUGCUGUAGCGGAUUCAGCUGCCUGCUGACAGCGCCCCCUUUCUGCAGCGGGGUAUUUAACAACGGCCUUGAGUGAUGGAUGCCUGAGCCCGCAGCGCACCCGCAGCACAACCCGCCUAAGUAAGAGAUGGACCCAGUAAUGCUUUAGGUAGGUUCGGGUAGGUAUGCUUAGCUGCUUAGCGGUAAGGGCUCUGGUAAGGGAAAUCAAUUAACGCGUCUAAACUUCUCCAUCACGCGUCUGCUACCCGACCUACCUACCCACCAUCUAAACUCCUUACCUACAUCCUCGACCACCACCACCAUAAUCGUCACAACGUCGCAGAGUAAGGCCAUAUCCGAUUUCGUCAUACAAUCAAGAAGCAAGAAAACAGACAAGGAAACAAUGAGCGCAUACGGCGGGUACUCGACGACAUCCUAUGGUGCCGCGGGGGGUGACAAUGACGGUGGUUUCAUGUGGGGUUCUCAAGGCGGCGGCAGCCAGUCCGCCACGAAGACCGUCAACGACGAGUCCCUCCGCCCCGUAACAAUCAAGCAAAUCAUCGACGCCGAGCCCGCCUACGCCGGCGACGCCACCUUCCGGAUCGACGGGCUGGACGUAAAACAGGUGACCAUCGUAGGCCAGGUGCGCGCCAUCAUGCAGCAGACGACGAACAUCACGUACCGCAUCGACGACGGCACAGGCACGAUCGAAGUAAAGCAAUGGCUCGACGCAGACAAGCAAGAAUCCGCCUCGGAUUCCGGCCCCGCGUUCCGCGAAGAAGACUACGUGCGCGUAUGGGGCCGUCUCAAAUCCUUCAGCAACAAGCGGCACGUCGGCGCGCACGUCAUCAAGCCCGUGCGCGACUUCAACGAGGUGAACUACCACAUGCUCGAGGCGACCUACGUGCACCUAUUCUUCACUCGCGGCGGGCCCCCGCAAGACGGCGGGAUGGGUAUGGGUGGAGGCGGUAUGCCCGGGGGAGACGACAGCAUGUUUGUUGACGACGGCAACGAUGCGCGGUAUCGGGGCUAUGGGCAGAAGGCGAAGAAGAUGUUCGACUAUCUCUCACGCAGCGGCAAUCCGACCGAGGGCGUACACAUGCAGGUUAUCUCGCGCGAGGCCGGCAUGACGAUCCAGGACGUCAUGACCGCGGCCGAGGAGCUGCUGAGCCACGGCACGAUUUACACGACGAUGGAUGACGAGACUUUCGCCAUUUUGGAGCGGUAAAUCUUUUUUUUUUUUU